GCCUACAUGCUCAUCAUGCGCGCAGCUAAUGGUAUGGUUGUGCAACCGUUGUGCAUGCAAGUGAGGAAAAUGGCGGCGUCCAUCGAUGGAAUUCUGCCUGGCAAACUAGCAAGUUCUGUAUUGAACUCCAAACUUUUGGUGGUAGGGGCUGGUGGAAUAGGAUGUGAGCUUCUAAAGAAUUUGGUUCUUACGGGCUUUAGGACCAUUGUAGUGAUUGAUUUAGAUACUAUUGAUGUCAGCAAUCUCAACCGACAGUUUCUCUUUCAGAAAAAGCAUGUUGGCAAAUCAAAAGCACAAGUUGCAAAAGAGAGCGUGUUGACAUUCAACCCAGAUGUCUCAAUUGAAGCAAGGCAUGACAGUAUAAUGAAUCCAGAAUACAACCGUGAUUUCUUCAAACAGUUCACCAUGGUGCUCAAUGCUUUAGAUAACAGAGCGGCUAGAAAUCAUGUGAAUCGGAUGUGUCUUGCUGCUGAUGUUCCACUGGUGGAAAGUGGGAGUGCAGGUUACCUUGGCCAGGUCACUGUCAUAAGAAAGGGUCUGACAGAAUGCUAUGAAUGCCAGCCAGCUCCACCCCAGAAGUCCUUCCCAGGAUGCACCAUUCGAAACACACCGUCGGAACCUAUACACUGCAUUGUUUGGGGAAAACAUUUAUUCAAUCAGCUGUUUGGUGAAGAUGACCCUGAUCAAGAUGUAUCACCGGACACAGCUGAUCCUGAGGCAGCGGGUGAUGCAGGUCAACAAGCUGUAGAUCAUAUACCAACCAUGGAUGGUAAUGUCAUAAGGGAAUCAACCAAAAAGUGGGCUCAGGACUCAGGAUUCAAUGCUGAGAAACUUUUCAGGAAGUUCUUCCAUGAGGACAUCAAGUAUCUUCUAUCAAUGGAGAAAUUAUGGAAGAAGAGGAGACCUCCAACCCCGCUAGACUGGAAUAAUUUACCGGAUACUGAAGAAGUGAGCAACGACAAGGGUAACUUACUGAGGGACCAAAGACAGUGGAAUAUCAAGGAUUGUGUGAGGGUAUUUGAUGAGAGUCUUGCUAGUCUACACAUUCAAAGUAAAGAUAGAGGAGAACUGGCAUGGGACAAGGAUGACCAAGCAGCGAUGGACUUUGUAGCCUGUACUGCUAACAUCAGGUCACAUAUAUUUGGUAUUCCUAUGAAAACAAGAUUUGAUAUCAAAUCAAUGGCAGGUAACAUCAUUCCAGCUAUAGCUACAACCAAUGCCGUCAUCGCAGGCCUUAUUGUCAUCGAAGCACUUAAAGUUCUUGCAAACAACAUGGAAAAAUGUAAAACGGUGUACAUGACACGGUUUCCUAAUUCUAGGAAGAAGCUGUUAGUCCCAUGUGUACUGAUACCACCGAAUCCCAACUGCUAUGUAUGUGCUGACAGACCGGAGGUGACUAUUAAGCUGAACACAAAUACGACAUCCAUCAGAAUGUUACAGGAUAAGAUAUUGAAAUCUGCCUUAGGAAUGAUUGCCCCUGAUGUUGAAAUUCAAGAUGGCAAAGGAACCAUUCUUAUUUCUAGUGAUGAAGAAGAAACAUUAGAAAACAUGCCUAGAAUGCUAAGUGAAUUCAACAUAAUUGGUGGAAGCCGUCUGAAAGCAGAUGAUUUUCUUCAGAAUUUUGAGCUCGUCAUCAACAUCCAAUACGAAGAAACCCUUGAGGAGGAGGCUGAGUUUGAGGUUGUUGGCAAACUACCAGUCGUCCACAAGGAGGCUGAAGCUAAGUCAGAUCAGAAGGAUAACCAAUCAACAACACAGGCUGAGUCACAUGACCAGGUCUCAUCAACCAAUGGGAAUGGAGAUGUGGCUGGCCCCUCCCAAGAGGGUCCAAACGAUGUAGAUGAUGAUGAUGAUUUCAUGAUACUGGAUGAUGAGGAGGAAGUAGAAGAAGUUGUUGAGGAGAAGAAGAUGGAGGUUAGUGACGAUGGCGACUCCAGGAAACAGGGUCCAAACGAUGUAGAUGAUGAUGAUGAUUUCAUGAUACUGGAUGAUGAGGAGGAAGUAGAAGAAGUUGUUGAGGAGAAGAAGAUGGAGGUUAGUGACGAUGGCGACUCCAGGAAACUAAGUACAUGAACUUGGGAAACUCCCUUUUCCCGACUUCUUCUGUCAUUGUCACUCUUCCUUCACAUAUAAAUGCAUGUAUAAGUGAUUACUUACUUGAAGUUAAAUAUUUCUGUCAAUUAAAGGGGAAUCCAAACUUGGCCGUAAAUUGUUGUGUGAGAGAGGAGAAAAAUAUAUCAGGUAUGUUCAAACUUUCUACCUGUCUGAUUUUUUUUUUCCCUCUAAAAACAAAUAUUUAUUUGUGUUGGAUUCCCCUUUAAGCAGGAUAGCUGACAUCAAUCAGUCAGAUAAGUACUGUAGUACAGUCAACUCUACCCAAGUCGACCUUCUGUAAGUCAAAUGAUUUCUGAAGUCGAACGCAAUAUUUUAAACCAGAUUAUGCUAGACAUGUUAUUAGCCUUCUGAGUUGAACAACUUUCUGUGUUCACAGGAGAUUUGACAUGGCAGAGUUCCCUGUACCUUAAAAAAGUGUUGUCGUGUGCUGUUUUUAUGGUAAUUCCUAACUGGGGGGCUUCAAGUAUGCCUAACCAAAGAUCAUUUAUGCACUAACAUGCCAGUGCACCCCAACUCAUUGCAUAAUCAAUUGGAAGUGAUUUUUGUUCUUCUUUGGAAGUGCCCCAGUUAUGGCCACCAAAAGUUAUAGUGUGAAAGUCAGAUUUAUCUAUACCUUCUAACUUGGUACCCUGUCAGUUAUUCACGUAUUACUCUCAACCAUACUUUUAAUUUUAACCAUUCCAUUCAUUAUUUCCAGUGUUGACAGUUUUUAUGCACAUAUAUUUAUUUAAAAGAAAGUGCUGUGACUCUAUGACCAUUGGUCAGAAAUUGUUCAAAGAGGAAUUUUAGAGUGUACUUAAAUGUAGGUUGAAAUUACAGUGUACGUAGAUUACUCUGAGAAAAUUACACUGGAAGCAUAUCUGUCUGCAAGAAUGGUUUAAACAUUUUGUGACAAAAAAAAAUCCCAUUUCAAAAAAAUCCACCGUAAUCCAUCAUCUAAAAAGUGUACACUUUCCCUUUUAAAACAAAGCAAUCUAGGGUGAAUUCCAUGAAGAGCUUUGUCAGUGAUUUCUCUGAUUAAUCUGCUCUCAGCCAAUCAGAUGCAGUGAAUUCCAGGAGCUUGUAAUAUUUUUCAGAGAAAACCACUAUUUGUUUGGUGAAACACUCGCGUAAUUGGUCAAAACAUUGUCAUGUGGACAAGUGUUUGAUCUAUUUAGAGAACAUUUUGAGUGGACAUGUACAUUCAUAGGGCUGUUUCAUUCGAAACAAGUGUGAGUUUAAGUCAUGUUUUAGCACCAAGGAGCACAAGAUAUUUAUAUACUAAUGAUGAUCUCACAUUAAUAAGCAGUGGGAUGUCCAAAAAUGUUCAUGAAAAUAUUUUUUAAUGUAUUUAUGAGCACAAUGUGAAUGUGUGUAGUAUAAUUUCUUGGGAAAUAUGGUAAGAUUAAGAAUGGGCACUGAUAAUUGAUAUACUAUACUCUGCUCUCCUGAAUAAUGCAUGUUUAAAAUCUGUGAAAUGGGGAAUCAGGUUUCUAAUCUUCGUAUAACUUUGUUUUAUUCAAAUUGUUGAGAUAGGCUAAGAAUGGUAUAACUAACAAAUUAUUUAAGCAACCAUGAUAUCAACAAAGUUCCAUACAUUGGUCAUCAAAGUUGAUCAAAUAUUUAGGGGAAUUUGAAAACUCCUUGUUCAUACCUACGCAGAGUAAUAUGAUAUUUUGUUAUUUUGCAAACCAUGAGUUUUUGGACAAAGUUGAUGAAGUUCAUGUUGAAAGAGAGAAUGUGAUGUACAUAAUUCUAACAUUUUGAAGAAUGCAUGUCUUGUACAGUUUCAGUAGGAAUAAAACAGAAAAAAGUAAAA